GGGAGAGUAAAUCAGUCGAGCUAUUUGAGCUUCUAGGACAGCAUAACCAAGGCAAUACAAACUAGGGACUGGGAAGCGUUUCGUUGCCUUAAAGGACUUUAAUACAGCUCUCCUGCGACAGUCCACAUUUGAACUGUCUUCAAGAGCACCACUUUUAAGCAAAUAAACUUAGACUGAGCCUGUUUCUUCAGCCAACACGGCAUUCUCCGGUAGUUUUAACAAGCUGGAUUCCCGGAGCUCUUCACCAUGUGUGGCGGGUUUUAGGUACUCCAUGGAGCAACCCAAUUUCUACGAGGUCGACCCAAGGCCCCUGAUGACAAGCCUACCCCAUAACCAGCAAAGUACCUACGGUUACAAAGAGAGUCCUGCAGCUGGAGAUCUCAACGAAAUCUGCGAGAACGAAAGUUCGAUAGACAUUAGCGCCUACAUUGACCCUGCAGCCUUUAACGACGAGUUUUUGGCUGACUUAUUCCACAACAGCUCCAAGCAAGACAAAUCCAAGCUGGCGAGCGGAGAGUUUGAGUACCCCAAUGGGGCCAAUGUUAGUGUGCCAAGCGGUCACCAACAGGCGUUUGGCUGCAUGGCUAGCUACAUGGACGCCUCUAAGCUGGAGCCAAUUUAUGACCACCCUUCCAGAAUCCGACCUGUGGCAAUCAAACGGGAGCCCGGGGAAGAUGAAGAUGCCAGCCAAACUUCAAUGCCUCCUUCAUACCCACACCAUCACCACCACCACCCUCACAACCAACAGCAUCUACCGCAUCUCCAAUACCAGGUCGCGCAUUGCGCACAGACCACUAUGCAUCUUCAACCUGGCCACCCGACGCCUCCACCGACCCCCGUGCCGAGUCCUCAACACCAACAGAAUCACCUGCCUGGGGGGUCGAUAAAGAUGAUGGGUGGUGGAGACAGGGGAAAAGGCAAAAAACACGUUGACAAGAGCAGCGAGGAGUAUCGCCUUAGGAGAGAGCGAAACAAUAUUGCUGUGAGGAAGAGCCGGGACAAGGCGAAGAUAAGGAACGUGGAAACCCAGCACAAAGUGAUGGAGCUAGCAACUGAUAACGAAAGACUACGCAAGAGGGUAGAACACCUCACCAGAGAACUGGAUACAUUGAGGGGGAUCUUCAGGCAGCUUCCUGACGGCUCCUUGGCCAAAGUCAUGGGAAACUGUGCGUAAAAAUUGACUAAAAAAAACCCCAAAAAACUCUGGGACUCAGAACUAGCUGGUACAAUGUUUUCUGCUGGGUCUCUUAGUACUAAACGAAAGCUCUGACAGAAUCUCAAACUUUUUAUUUAAAAGAAAGAGCCAGGCAACUGAGAUAUAAAUAUCUGUGCCUUUUGUACAAAAAUAAGCUUAUUUUUAACACGUAAGUGUUGAAUUGGAGGUAUAAAUGCUGCGUGCCUUAUAUACAUGUAAAAACGCGCAAUGUGUGUUCUUAGCUUGUGCAGCUUAGUUGUAUUUUGUUUGUUUGUUUUGCAUUUAAACAUACCAUCACAAUGUUUAUACCAGUCAGUAAACAAAAAAAAAAUACAAACAUAUGCGCUGUGCCUUUUAAAAAUCGCAAGUCUGUAUGUUACUUUAUUAUUAUUAUUAUUAUUAUUAUUAUUAUUAUUAUUAUUAAUAAUAAUAAUAAACUGGUGAAGAAAAAAAAUAAGAUUUAUUGAUGUCCGCCGACUUCAACUUAUGCUGUUGUCUUUUGUUAACAGCAAUAUGAUAUAUAUUUUUUAUAAAAGACAAUAAUGAUUCCUCGCCAUGCUUAAAAGACGUGAUCCUUUCAUUUUUACAGGUGUCCCGUCUUUAGGAAGUAUAUUUUUAAAGCUGGGCAGUUUGAGAUUCUUUCACUCAAUUUACUGUUUUUUGUUUUCGGAGAAGCAAUUAGUCCUGGUCAGAAAUAUAGGAUUUAAUAAUAUGCCCAAGUAUAGGACAGAAGCGUAGCUGCAAUACUGCGGUAAUGUGCUUCAAAUAGGCAGUUAAUAAUAACGAUACACUAUGUGCACUAUAUGUCAUAAAAAUACCACAAGUACAGGUCAUUGUAUUUUUUUAAGCAUAAAGAUGCGGGUAUCACCCUAUUAAACAGCUAUCUCGGUGCUUUUAUCCAGCUCUAAUGAACCAUCACGAUUCCAUAUAAAGUGUUUGUUGUUUAGAUUUUUGUCAGUGGUUGGAUAGCCUACUUAUUUGGAACAGCUUGCUGUCUUCGUUUGUAAGUUGUAUACACUGUAUUUAAACUAUUGCAGACGUUUGUAUUCAUUACAUUUUUACAUUAUUUUCGUCUAUAAGGGGUGUCACAGGAUGUUUGACAUUAAAAAAAAGAAAAUAAAUAAACGCAAGCACUUUUACUAAUGCCGUUUUGCCAAUGUACGAAAUAUGUCUCAAAUACGUUUAAUUUGUAAAAGAAGGUUCUUGAUAUAUGCCAAAACAUUAUUGAAAUAUAUAAUAAAUGUAAAUCUUGUGGUAUA